AUCAAUACAGGACACGUCUCAUUCUCUUUACUGUUUUUGCAGCGUCUGAAUCCUUACGUGGCGCUUGCUUCUUCCUUUUGUUUCCUUACUCAGCGUCAUAAUCCUGCUAUAUAAAAUAGCUGCAUGUUUCACUUUAGUAAACCAAAAGGGAUCAGACGAACGGAAGCAUUUCAAAGUGAGAUUAAUGGCUACUGAUCAAGAACGAGCUCAGCUUAACGAAAGGGCUAAACGAGGAGAGACUGUUGUUCCUGGAGGAACUGGUGGUUUGAGUCUUGAAGCCCAAGAGCACCUUGCUGAAGGCCGGAGCCGCGGCGGGCAGACACGAAAGGAGCAGCUGGGGAGCGAAGGGUAUCAGGAGAUGGGUCGCAAAGGUGGACUCAGUACUACUGAGAAAUCUGGUGGAGAACGUGCUGCUGAAGAAGGAGUUGAAAUUGACGAGUCCAAGUAUAAAACUCAGGGCUAGGAUCUUUGUCUUGUAACACUAAUAAUAGUAGUGAUAUGUAUAUUCUGCAGUUAGUUCUGGUUUGUUUCUUUAAACUGUUUUUGAUCUAUAGUUAGUUUAUAACCUCAUCAUGACUGUUUUUUUGUUUUUGU